AUGUCUCCUCUCCCUACCCUUAUCUAUACUCACGGAGGCUGGCACGGGCCAGAAUAUUGGAACCCUGUUAUCUCCAUCCUGACAGGCAGAGGCUUCAGAUCUAUCGCACCGCACUUGCUAUUCGGUGGCACUGACGAGCCCAUCACGUCUUUAGUGCCCGUGAUCGAGCAGGUCAAAGAGAUCGUAGCUGAUGAGACCAACAAGGGCAAUGAUGUUGUGAUCAUCAACCAUUCUUUUGGCUCCUUUGCUGGCUGCAGUGCAAUCAGAGGCUUCACUGCAACAGACUCAUCUCAUCUUUCAGGCCUAAACUCCGGCAAAGUCUUGGGCGUGCUGACGGUCGCCGGGUUCUUUCCUGAGACGGAGCUUUCGUUCAAUGACAUGGUUGCUGCACUUCAAAGCCCUUCAGCUGCAACUGAUCCUGGUGCCGUCGCCCAGCUUCCAUUUAGUCCCACCGAAGAAGGCUGGCUUGAGUUUACAGGCGACGCCAUUCAAGCAUUCUACAACGACCUCCCGCACGACGAAGCCCAAAAGUGGGCCACCAACCUCGAGAAGUUCUCUCGCUUCGUCUUUGGCACCUGCGAGAAAGUCUAUGCAGGCUGGAAGGAUGUGCCAGUCUGGUACCUGUUGUGCAAAGCUGAUGCCAUGAUGACACUACCACAGCAAGGUGCACAUGUCAAGAAGGCGCGUGAUGGGGGUGCGAAUGUCACGACUCGAGAAAUUGAUGCCGGACACAGUCCAAUGUUGAGUAAACCGGACGAGGUCGCUCAGUUCAUUCAGGAUGCAGUGGCUUCUUUCGUCAAAUAA